AAAAAAAAACUCCUAAACCAAAAAAAACAAAAGUAAGAGGAGAUUUCAACUUAUUCUAUUACAUUCUCUCUAUUAAAAUCAAGCAUUUGACUUUUGUGACAAAGAUUUGAAGUAAGAGAUGAGGAACGAAGCAGGUGGCACCAUGGUCGUUGAUCUCCAAACCAGUCCAUAUAACAAUCGCCACAAUCUAAGCCAUGAGAUCACCGACAAUGUCCACAAACGGAGGCCUAAAUUUGGUGACAUCUUAAAAGCUGACCACGACGGAAUAUUCCCUCCCGUGGACCCCAUCAUCAUCAACACCAACAUAACUCACCAACGGUUUAGCAGCGUCUCGACCAUGAGCAGCGGUCCAACAAGCGGUGACGGUUCACCUUGCGUAAUGUCUCCAUGGGCCCGUGUGUCUCCACCAUGGGCCACGGAGUUUAAUGAAGACAAUCUCCUCGAGACAAACGGUCUCAUUGGCUCCAUUGUACGUGAAGAAGGUCAUAUAUACUCGCUAGCAGCUUCUGGUGACCUUCUCUACACGGGCUCGGACUCAAAGAACAUUAGGGUUUGGAAAAAUUUGAAAGACUACGCCGGGUUUAAAGCGAGUAGUGGACUCAUUAAAGCUAUUGUGAUAUUCGGAGAUAACCGGGUCUUUACCGGUCAUCAAGACGGUAAGAUCCGGAUUUGGAAAGUCUCGAAGAGGAAACCGGGAAAGUACAAACGUGUCGGUACGUUGCCAACGUUUAAAUCGUUGGUUAAGAGUUCUGUAAACCCUAAACAUUACGGUAAUAAAAACUCGGUUAAAACGAAGCAUCACGACGCCGUUUCGAGUCUUAGUAUGGACGUGGAGUUCGGUUUGUUGUAUUCCAGCUCUUGGGAUAGGACGAUCAAGGUCUGGAGAGUCUCGGAUUCGAAGUGUUUGGAGACGAUAGAAGCGCAUGAGGACGCGAUAAACUCGGUUAUGUACGGUUUCGAUGACUUGGUGUUCACGGGAUCUGCGGAUGGUACGGUUAAAGUGUGGAAACGUGAGAUGCAAGUCAAGGGGACGAGGCAUGUUUUGGUUCAAGUUUUGCUUAAGCAAGAAAACGCGGUCACGGCUUUGGCGGUUAAACCGAAGUUUUCGAUGGUUUAUUCCGGUUCGUCAGACGGGGUGGUUAACUAUUGGCAGCGUUCGAAGCGUUUAUUCGUUGGAGGGAUACUCAAAGGGCAUAAAUCCGCUGUGUUGUGUCUCACUGUAGCGGGGAACUUGUUGUUGAGUGGUUCAGCGGAUAAGAACAUUUGUGUUUGGAGACGGGACACGUCUGAUGGAUCUCAUGAGUGUCUGUCUGUUUUGACGGGGCAUAUGGGACCCGUGAAGUGUUUAGCCGUGGAGGAGGAACGAGUUUGCCGUGGUAAAGAAGCAAAAGGCUCGAUGGAGGGAGACAGGAAGUGGAUUAUAUAUAGUGGAAGUUUGGAUAAAUCGGUUAAAGUGUGGCGCGUGUGUGAGAAGAUGUCGACGUGGAGGGAGACGGAAGAGGAGGCAGUGUCGACUUCUUUGCACGAAGAGAAUUGCACGUGGAGUUCAUAUAGUUUGGACAAAUAG